CCACUGUCGUGUCAGCUAGGAUGGCAAUGCAGAUGUUAGACAGAAAUUGUAGUUUGAAUUGGGAAAGAAAGGUUUCCAUCGGGGGAGCUGAUAUCAAAGGAUAUUUAACCUGGAUCCCCAAGUAACAUACAAUCGAUCAAAUUAACCAGCAUAUCUAAAAUGUAUAACUGGAUGUAUUUUAUAUUAUAUUUUAUCAAAGAGUGCCCCGUAUUCAAUCUGCGCUCCAGUCCAUGCCAGCUGCGUGCGUAACGUCAUACUGUCUACGUUUCACUGUUUUGCUGGGCAGGGUUUAGGAAGUCAGUAUAUAUUUUUUAAUACUGUCGCCGUCGCUAGCAUUCAAAGUUGUUUCCGUUGCAAUGUUAAGAACUUAUUGGCUGUUCGAUAUGCAGCGUCUGUAAACCCGUGGAACUGUCUAAAUAAACGACAGCCAGUAUGAAGAGGGAUAACCGAAUGAGCGCUUCGCAGAGUUUAAUUUCUGGAGGGGUUGCAGGCGUGUUUAGUAGAACGGCUACGUCUCCGCUAGACGUCGUUAAAAUAGUAACGCAAGUGGGGACGUUUCACAGCAAAAGAGGAUUUCUAAAUGCAUUCCACACCGUGUACCGGGAAGAAGGGCUCCGAGCUUUCUGGAAAGGGAACUGUGUGGCUUGUAUUCGUAUCGUUCCUUACAGCGCGGUGCAGCUGGCAACUUACAACAGGUUUAUACAGCUGCACAUGGAUGACCUGGGUCGUGUUUCCCAGUGGAGAGCCAUAGUGGCUGGAAGCGUGGCCGGAAUCGUGGCUGCCCUGGUGAUAUAUCCCAGUGACGUCAUCAAGACCCGUCUGAUUGUGCAGAACAGCCUGGAUCCUGCCUACAGGGGUGUGCUGCACGCUCUGCGCUGCAUCUACAGGAAGGAAGGCUUCCUGGCUCUCUAUCGGGGGGCCUCCUUAACAGUCAUGGGUGCUGUACCGUUUUCCUGUGGCUUGUUCUUGGUUUACAUGAACCUGGAUAAACUGUGGGGUGAGCCCAGUUUCAGAUUCACACCACUACAGAACUUCAUUAAUGGCUGCCUGGCUGCAGGGGUGGCUCAAACACUCUCCUUCCCCUUCGAAACUGUGAAGAGGAAAAUGCAGGCUCAGAGCCCUGUCCUGCCCCACUAUGGGGGAGUCGAUGUUCACUUCACCAGCAUGGUGGACUGUUUCAGACAGGUAGUGAAAGCGCAAGGAUUCCUGGGGCUGUGGAACGGGCUGACUGCCAACCUUCUCAAGAUUGUGCCGUAUUUCGGAUUAAUGUUCAGCUCUUUUGAGUUUUGCAAGCGUGUUUGCCUCUAUAAGAACGGUUAUAUCGUGUCUCCACUCAGUUACCAACUGGCACCUGGAGUGGACCAGAGCCUCGGACCCCAAGAGUUGAGAGAACUGAGGAGAUUGCUGAGGAACAGGAGCUUUAAAUCAGAGCAGUCCACUGUGAGCAACAGGUGGUGAGGCUGAGCCUGGAAAAAGCAACAGAGACUACAGUAUUCAACCAAGCAAUACCCCUUCUGCAAACGCACUGAAGAUGCAGCUUUUUAUUCAACGCGAGAUGAACCUCAAAAUCAUAGAAGAGCAGGAAGAGGAGUUCUUCUCUUACAGGAAGACCUUUAGUGCAUGUUACUGGAAUCACUGGCAACACUGCUACCCCCUAGUCUCAGAAAUAGCAACAGCAAAAAAAGAGUUUUUUUUAAUUACGUCCGGUUUUAUCUGAAAAUGGUGUAAAAGCCUGAACCGUCAUUCACGCUUGCUUUUGAGAUGAAUGCAUUUUAACAUUCAUGUGACAAACUGCACAAAACUAAUAACCAGGAAGUUCCAGUAUUAAUUGAAUAAUGAUCGUCUUCCGAGUUGUUUGUUUUGAUUCCACUUUUAUUUUCCUUUCCCCACGGGGCGCGCGUACUUGAAGGUUUUUAGACUCAAAGAGUUAUCAGUUACUCGAUGCUCUGUUUUAAAAUCUGGAAUCUACAGAUUUGAAAAAGCAAAUCAUCCAAACCUGUAAAGGCUAAGCUCACACUCCUGGACUGAAUUCAGGUAUGUUCUGCUUCAGUCACAAUGAAUGCAAUGCUUUCGCGUAUAGCUAACUGUUGUUUAAACGGAUCGUAUUCACAGAGUCCUGAGUUAUUUCAAUUAAAAAAAAAAAACUGUUCUGCAGAUUUAGAAAAACAGUGAUGUGUUUUAUUACUAUUCGCAAUGUACAAGUUCAUACUGUUCAAUGCUGUUUUAUUGAUGUUACAUACAUUGCAUUGCUGCUGAGUACAGCUCUUUUAAUACUGUAUUUAUAUAUAAAAUCAGGUGUUUUUCUGGAACAAA